UUAUAGUAAGUGUUUAUGUAGACCACAAAAAGUUAUAUUAUAGCUCUGUAUCUAAUAGUAUCAGCAAGCAGUGAAUCUCAAGAAAGUGUUCAUACAGACUACAAGUUAUAUGGCUCCAUCUGAUGAUAUCAGUCUGUUCGGAACUUCAAACCAGGAUACGUAUUAUUUAGGAAUUAUAAUUGUGCAUCAUUAUUUGUACUUGUACAUAAAUGUGAAUUCUUUUAUCACAUUAAGGUAAUGUAGUUUAAGAGAUUUUAGCAUAAUUUGGUCAUGAUAUGUAAAACUGAGACUCCGGUUAUUUAUUCCAAAAGUCUUAGAUGCCCAUGUUUUAACGGGAAAUAGUAUGGUAUUUCUUGUCUGUCUGUUACCUUUUUUAUGUCCGGACCAUAUUUUUCACGCUGUGAAACCUAGGACUAUUAAACCUGGUGAGCUGAUGCAUCUUUGGGGAAAGGUGUAUCAUGAUUCAUAAUUUCAGUACCCUAGUGGUACACUCUUCACUCUGUUGACCGUGCUGCAACAGUAACCGGUAGAACAAUCUGAAAGUCAGGUACAGGUGGCUAAAGGUGCGUUUAAGAGGAUUAAAACCCUCAGGCAUCCCAACAUUGUGUGUUUCUUGGAUGGGGUUGAGACAGAUAAAGUGAUAUACUUUGCCACAGAAGCGGUUGUACCUUUAGAAAAUUAUCUAAAUGAUAGCAAUGAAAAUCGAAACUUGAUGGCAAUAUCAUGGGGCAUCCAUCAAGUUGCUAAAGGUUUAUCAUUCCUUAUCAAUGAUUGUAACCUGAUCCACAACAAUGUGUGUUUGUCCUCCGUGUUUGUCAAUCAGGCUGGGGAAUGGAAAUUGGGGAGCGUGGACUACAUGUACCCCGCUCAAGGCCAGGAUAGUGUGCCGCCUGUUAAGAUUCUCCCUUUACUUGACAGAUAUGAUCCACCAGAAAAGACUGAGAACCGGAGAGGCGCAAGGACGGAAAAAUGGUCCACAGAUAUGUGGGGUUUAGGAUGCUUGAUAUGGGAGGUGUUCAAUGGCACACUGUCACAGACCAGUGCCCUCAAGUCUGUUGGCAAGAUCCCCAAAGAUUUAGUGCCAAACUACUGUGAACUGGUAGGAGCCAAUCCAAAAUCACGUCCAAAUCCAGCCAGAUUCAUAGAAAACUGUAAGAGCAGUGAAGGAUUUAUGCGGAAUUCAUUUGUCAAGACAAUGCUCUUCUUAGAAGAAAUCCAGAUUAAAGACCAGUCAGAGAAGACAAAGUUCUUUGCCAACUUAGCUCCAUCAUUAGAUGACUUUCCAAAAGCUUUCUGUAAAAACAAGAUUCUUCCGCAGUUGUUGAAUGCCUUUGAGUAUGGAGAUGCUGGGUCCCAUAUCUUAGCUCCACUUUUUAAGAUUGGAAAGUUUUUGGAUGCAGAAGAAUAUCAGAAUAGAAUAGUUCCCUGUGUCGUCAAGCUGUUCACUUCUCCAGACCGAGCUACAAGAGUCAAACUUCUACAACAGAUCGACACUUUCGUAGAGUAUCUCCAACCAGCAACAGUAAACGACAAGAUUUUCCCACAUAUCGUUCAUGGCUUUACAGAUACAAAUCCUGUGGUCAGGGAAUCUACAAUUAAGGCUAUCCUUUUUAUUGCCCCUAAACUGAGCUAUAAGAGCUUGAAUGAGGAGGUGAUGAAACACUUUGCCAGACUGCAGGCCAAAGAUGACCAGGGUGGAAUAAGAACAAACACAACAGUCUGUCUUGGAAAAAUAGCCUGUCAUCUGAAUCCACAAGUGAGACAGAAAAUGAUAUCAUCUGCCUUUUUGAGGGCCCUUAAGGACCCCUUCCCUCCAGCCAGACAGGCAGGGAUACUUGGCAUGGCCACCACCCAGAACUUCUUUACAUUAAAUGAAAUAGCUCAAAGGUUACUACCAGCAAUGUGUUCCAUGACCAGAGACCCAGAGAAAGGAGUCCGAGACCAGGCAUUCAGAGGAAUAAAGAGUUUUCUAGAGAAGUUAGAAAAGGUUUCAGAAAAUCCAGAUUUAGAAGCUGAGAUGGAGAAGGAUGUGUUAUCUGGAGGUUCUUCUGUGUCCAGCAGCGCUGCCAGCUGGGCUGGGUGGGCUGUGACGGGAGUGUCCUCUCUCACGUCAAAACUGUACAAGAAGGACGGCACCAGGCAGAAACCAGCAGGCCCAUCAGGCCAAACACAAAAUGUUGGUGAACUUCCCAGUAAGCCAACUCCUAAGCCAACGAACACGGAAGAGUUAGAACCAGAGCCAAGUAGAACGGAGGAAAGCGGCUGGGAUGAAGAGGGAUGGGGAGAGAUUGAUGACACUUCAGAUGUUGAAGAGGAUCCAGGGGAGAGUCUGUCACGAGCUACAGAUGGUUGGAAUGUGGAUGAUGAUGACAAUAACUGGGGCAGUCUAGAGGAUACAGCUCCAAAGGGUGGUAAUGAAAAAUCAUCUGGCAGUGUCAUGAAGCUAGGCUCCAAGAAUCCAAAAGCAGCAGAGGAUGAUUGGGGAGAGGACUUUGGUAACGAGUUUGUGAGUAUGGAGGAUAGUGGUAUGACGAUGGCCGGGGAGUAUAACUGGGGGGACACAGGACACACUACCGAAGGAGACUUCUUCUCAUCAGCUAUGGGAAUCCCUACACAGAAACCAAUGAAAACAAUGCAAUCCAAGCCUAAAUCUAAUCCUGCCAGCUCCCGAUCCAGUCCAGCUCCCUCUUCUGGCAAAUCUAGUCAACAGAAGGCUCAGGAUGACGAGUCAGGAUGGGAUGUGGAGGACUCAGGGUGGGGGACAGAUGAAUGGGGUACUGUCGGGUCCACAAACAAAACCACAGUCCAGAGUCGACCAGCCAAGCAGAAGAGUUCUAGUCCACCCACUGAUACCUCGAGGUGGGAAGACUCGGGCUGGGGUGAUGUGGAUGACUGGGGGGCAGGUACUAAUAAAAUAGAUGAUGCAAGGAGACGGAAGGAGGAAAGAGAACAAAAGAAAUUGGAGAGGCAAAAACAAAUCGAGGAGAAGCGUGCUGCCAGGAAGGGAGGAGGGGCGUUAAAACUUGGUGCCAAGAAAACAGCCUUUGACUGAUUACUUCAGUCAGUGUGAAUGUGAUAUGUACUGUGUAAAAUUCAGCACAAAAGGGAGAAUGUCCAAACUGUCUUUCUCUGAAACAGCUGAUAAUAAAAUCAAUAAUUAGUAAUAUACCAGUAUGCAAUAGUUUGUAAUGAUGCAGAGAUAUAAUGAAUAUGUAUGACAUUUUCUUGUAAGAUAUUGUAAAUCGAGUUAUUUUUGUGGGACAUUAUAUUAUCAUGAGGUCGACACAGUAAGUUAUGCACUAAAACAAAUUUUUGUGAAGAAUUCCAACAUAAACAGGUGCAAUUUUGACAAGUCGCUUCUCUCACAAAAAUAAAAAAAACCUGGUAAAUAAAAUCUGAUUUACUUUGUACAAUACAUGUACAAGUAAAGAGUGGAAGGUGUUAUAUGCCUUGAGAAUAAUGAUCUAGGGCAUAUGUACAUGUAUCAAACCACAGGAAUCUGAAGUUUUAUUAAUUAAAUUGAAAUAAAAAUCUGGAAGGUAAAUUUCCACUGAAGAUGGUGAAUAUUUUUUUUUUAUCAUGGAUUUUUACUUUAUGAAACUUCAGACUCCUGUGAUACUUGGGGAUAACUUUGACUGUGACAUCCUUGGACUAAGACAUAUGCUAUUUGUAUUCCUUAAGUGAUGGUAUUUCUUAAUAAUAAUGCCAUUGUAGGCAACAUAUGUUCCUUUGAACACUCUUGCUAGCCUGUCAACUGGUUCAUUCAUCUCUCUUUUUAAUACCUUGAUCAUGACUUUUUAACUUUACAAGAUAUAUACUUCAUAUUUGGAGUACUUAAAAGGUCAGAUAUAAUGGUAUUACAGUUUGAGGUUAGGUUAGAUGUCAGUGUCCAGGUCAAAUUUGGCACUUGUACAGUUGGGGGCAGUGUUGUUGAAAAUUUAGAUAAAAUGAAUAAAUUAUAUAUUAUGUCAGAAGGUUAUUUUCUUUUACUACUAUUUCUAAACAUUCAGCAGGAAGUACAUUGUACAAAUUUUAACAUUUUGUUAAUAUUGAUUUCAUGCUUUUGAAAAUUUAAUUUGCAAACAUUAAACAUGCUUGGACAUUUACCUCAAUGAUCUGAAACUUUCUGAAGAUCAGGAUAGCGUAACUGUGUUUCUCAUUUGUUGCAAGGGAUGUGCAAUAAUAUUGAUAUGAUUCUUUUAAUACAGUAGAUGUAUGCAUGCUUUUAUGAGCAAGUUUUUAUGACCCAAGGCUUCUAUGAAUCAACUUUAUAUGAAUACACGUAUGAUAUGAAGACCACAUGGUUAAGGAUUUUCAGUAUUGAUGGUUUAGGAUUUUCAGUAUUGCAAAAACACUUGAAUGACAAAAGAGUUGUUGAUCACAAUUUAUUGCACGAUGUCUCAUGGGAGAAAUGAAAUAAAUAUAUUAAAAGAUA